AGCGAAGUUGAACAGGCGUGAUCGUGUGUUUAUAAACAUUAAAAUUGCAAUACCAAUCGGAUAUUUUCACAAUUUUAUACCAAUCAUUUCGUUUCACCUUGGACUUAUAUUGAAGUUUCAACUUGUUUUGUUUUUUUAAAACACUGUGUUAAAAAUACUUUUUGUUUAAAACACUGGUACAUUUAUGGGCGACGAGGAAGAAAAACCGUUUAUAAAAUGUGUCGUGGUCGGGGACGGAGCCGUCGGCAAGACAUGCAUGCUUAUGAGCUACGCCACUAACAGGUUUCCGACGGAAUAUGUACCGACGGUGUUUGAUAAUUACGCAGUCACGGUGGCGGUCCGAGGGACGUCCUACCAGCUGGGUCUUUUUGACACCGCCGGUCAGGAGGAAUAUGAAAACCUGCGGAUCCUGUCUUACCCCGAAACACAAAUAUUUCUCAUGGCGUAUUCCGUUGUAAUGCCGGAUACCAUGAGAAACUUGGAAACAAAAUGGCUACCGGAAGUGAAAACGAAAUAUCCAACCGCCGCGUUUAUAGUCGUGGGCACCCAAAUAGACCUUAGAGAGGAUGAAAAAAUUCGGCAAAAGUUACAAAAACGUAAACAAAAGCCAGUGACGCCAGAAGAAGGCGCUCGUCUAGCUAAAAGAGUGAACGCGGACUGUUACGUCGAGUGUAGCGCGUUAACGCAACAGGGUCUCAAGGACGUUUUCGACAAAGCCAUAUUGGCGGUGAUAGAACCAAAAAUAAAACGAACGGCACCUAGAAAGACACAUAAAUGUGCUAUAUUGUGAAGCUAGUGGUCUUCAUAGAUUUUUUUAUAUUGAUAUGUACAGUGCCUUGUAUUUAUGUGAUUACCAAAUUAGCAGUCUUGCAGAUAACUACAUCUACAGCAGGCCCAUGUUUCUCGAAAUUCCUUAAGUCCCUUAUAACAGGAUUAAGCAAAUGUCACAAUUUUUCUUUGUCGUUAAUUCACAUAGUGUUAACUUCAUUAAGAAUUAUAAGUCUAUAAAUAGGAAAUACUUUUAUGGUUAUCACAAUAAACCAUAUCUUAUUUAUAAAAAUCUAAUUUAAGUAACUAUUUUAAGAAGUUUCGAGAAAUUGGGGCCAGCUGAGCAUUAAAUGCUGCCAAAAGAUUAAAAUUAUAGUGGUAUAAAACACUCUCAUGGAUAAUUCCUAGUAGAAGCACGUUGCAGCUUGUAAUACUUAGUCCAAGCAUUAAAUGCUUUCAAAAGAUUAAAAUAAUAGUGGUAUAAAACACUCUGAUGGAUUUUCAUAGUAAAAGCACUUAAUUGCUAAAUACAUCUGAGCAUUAAAUGCUGCCAAAAGAUUGGUGUAAUAGUGGUAUAAAACACUCUGAUGGACUUUCCUAGUAAAUGCACUUUGUGGCUAACUACAUCUGAGCAUUAAAUGCUGCCAAAAGAUUAAAAUAAUUGUUGUAUAAAACAAGUUGAUAGACGCAUAAUGUCAAUAUCAUUGAUUGGUUCCUUUCUAGUAUAUUGUUCAAGAAUUGCAAUUCUUUGCACAUAAAUCGUAAUGAUUGUAAUAACACUUUUGAUAACAUUACUUUUCUAUGGUAUUUACCCUAAGGCUAUUUCAGACCAAGCGUUCACUUACAAUAAGCAAUAACCGUAUAAACACAAUGGGGCGACUUAUAUUAAGGCCAAAUAAAAAUAAUGGUGUGGUUCCUGUUACGUUCUGAAACACAAUAACAGAAACAACUGCAACAACAACAACAACUACAACAACAACAUCAGGCUAGGAAAUUAGGCAAAAUAUUUUAUUUUUGACAAUUAUUUUUAUUUUGUACAAAGUAGUUUGAUAUAUAUUGGAAGUCUCGUCAAUACAGCAUAGACAAAUAUAAUUAUAUUUUAUGUGCAAAUAUAACAAUAAAAUGUAUUGUCAAUCGAAGUAUAAGUACUAUACUAUAAUAGUUAAAACACAAUUCGAUUUGCAAUAAAGGUAUGAUAUACACUCAACAUAAAAUGUGAUAACUAUAUACUAGUAUAAUUGUUCACAAUAAGAAACUGAAAACGAAAUACUAACCUUAGCAAACACAUAAUAAAUAAUGAUAAAGAAUUGGAACACGGAAAAUAACAAUCACUAUCACAGUAUGUAAUUCAUUGUAUUGUUUAUAUACAAACACAUUCUGACAUUAAUUUUGCAAAAAAAGUAACACAUUACAAGUAAACUGAAAUACUUUGUACGAAUAAUAGAUCCGCAUGUUUAAUAUUUCCAGUGAUAAUAGAUAUAAGUUUUUUACCAGUUAAGGUAUGAGCGUAGGGACUCAAUAUAAUUGUUGUCAGGACUCACAAUAAGAUUCGUCGGGACUCACAAUAAGGGUCGUCGGGACUCACAAUAAGGGUCGUCGGGACUCACAAUAAGAGUCGUCGGGACUCACAAUAAGGGUCGUCGGGACUCACAAUUAGGGUCGUCUGGACUCACAAUAAGGGUCGUCGGGACUCACAAUAAGAGUCGUCUGGACUCACAAUAAGGGUCGUCGGGACUCACAAUAAGGGUCGUCGGGACUCACAAUUAGGGUCGUCUGGACUCACAAUAAGGGUCGUCGGGACUCACAAUUAGGAUCGUCUGGACUCACAAUAAGGGUCGUCGGGACUCACAAUAAGGGUAGUCGGGACUCACAAUAAGGGUCGUCGGGACUCACAAUAAGGGUCGUCGGGACUCACAAUAAGGGUCGUCGGGACUCACAAUUAGGGUCGUCGGGACUCACAAUAAGGGUCGUCGGGACUUACAUUAAGGAUCGUCGGGGCUCAAAAUAUGGGCUCGUCAGGGCUCAAAAUAAGGGCUCAUCGGGGCUAAAAAUAAGGGUCGUCGGCACUCAAAUUAAAGGUCGUCCGGGCUCAAAAUAAGGGUCGUCGGCACUCAAAUUAAGGGUCGUCGGCACUCAAAAUAAGGGCUCGUCAGGUAACCGGAACCACAUUUUUAUUUGUUAGGCUUAUGACAUUUUAAUUGAAUUUGUCAAGUUUUAUUUUAUUUGUUUGGAUACAGUGUCAAAGUGCAUCGACCAUAAAAAACUUUCGCGGGUUUAGCUUAAUUUUACGCCGUUGUAACUGCUGACAUGUGUACUUUAAAUUGGAGAUAUAACCAUGUUUGUUUAAUCUUAAUUUUCUCAUGUACUUUAAAUACCUCGUCUAUCGUAUUGUGUUCAAAGCUUUUGAUUAAUUUAAAAAAAACAAAACGUUUUUAUAUUAAAUUACCAAAACUUGGUUAAGUAUUAUAAUAACAGACAAAGCAACAUGUCGCCAUUUAAAGCUGCACUCUCACAGAUUUACUGUUUUGACAACCUUUUUCGUCUCGGAAUAAGCCAAUUUUUAAGUUAAUAUCUGAAAGCAAUUGAUAUAAGAAUGCUGACAAAAGAUCAGAUCUCACUUUUUCGCAUUUUUACGUUGGAAAACUAAUGUUAGCUUUAAGAACAAUGCAUGAAGUAUUAUUUUUGAACGUAAAUAUGAAGACCUGCGACCUGAUUUUUUGUCAGCAGUCUUAUAAUAUCACUGGUUUCCAUGCAUUUUCGCAAUAAAAUUGCUCGUUUCAUGUCAAAAAAUAAAACGAAGUUGUCAAAACGUCCAAUCUGUGAGAGUGCAGCUUUAAAAUUCUUAUGAAUGUUUUUAUUAUACUAACUUAACUUAUUUCAAUCAAAUUAUUAGUUAAAAACAAUUAUUAUGAUAAUAACACUCUUUAUAGUAAUGUAAUUGUCCCAGGUAAAAUACAACUAAGAGAUACCGACAUUCAAAUCAUGUACAGGUAGUUAUUUGAAAAAGCUUCAUACAAACAGAGUGCAAUAUUAAUUUCCCCUUACUAAGUACAUAUAGAUAUUUUAUAUUUCUCUUGAGCUUUUCAAUAUCACCAUUAUAAUAUCAAACUUACAUACGUGCACAUUUUCUCCCAUUGUUUGUAGAAAGCAGUCGAUCUCAAUUUAUCAUCUAUGCAGGUUAUAUUAUAAGCAAUUAAUGAAGUUAUAAUUAGCAUUUCGUACAGCCAUGCUAUCUGCAUGUUGUAUAGUCAUGUUACAUGCAUUUUGUUUAACCCUGCAAUCUAUGAUUUACCAGCUGAGGCCAAACCAAUUUGAUUCUGUGUUUAGCGUCAUUUGGCUGGCAUGGUUUUGGGUCUUUGACUCCAAGAAAAAUCAACACAAUAAAAUGUACCUGUAUACUAACUUAUUAUUCCACAGUGAAUAUAUUUGAAAACAUCCUGUAGUAAACUUUUAGGCAAAAACUGUUGGUCAAAACGUCAAAAAAGGUUAACUAAAGUAAACUAUUUGUACAAAUCGUUGAGUUAACUCUUAAGGCCAAAACGUCAAGUGAACUAUUUGUUCUAGAGAAACAACCUUUUUCAAAUGUUAUUAAAGCUUAUAUAGUAAUCGAGCAGCGAUGCCAACCAUUUAAAAAAGAAAAAAAAGUGAACACUCGCUAUGUCGAAGUACUUCGGGAAAAUUUCGAGAUAACGAACGUUCGAAAUAAACGAAACACAACAAAUGUACAUCUAAACCUAGCACAUUUGAAAAACAAGUUCGACAUAACCAUACCAUCGAGAUAUAAGUGUUCGACUUAACGAGAUUCGACUGUAUCUUUAGUAAUUUAUGAAUUUUCAAGUGUCAAUUGUUGUCUUUCAGUGUAAGUUGGUCAGGGUUGCUAUUUGGUAUUGGUCUUAAAUGGCUCUAAGAACGAUAUAGCUAAUCGGAUUACGUGAUAUAAAUAACUGACCUAUAUAGUUACUUUAGUCAAUAAUGUAUGGCCACAAGUUGCAUAUUGAAUACCACCGCAGCUUGCAUUUUGAGCGCCUGUAGCCCACUGUAAGGCACUGGAUUAAGUAUCCUGAGUUAAUCUAUUGGAUAGUGUGCAUAAAAAAGCAAUUUGAUUGGUCAACAGUAAAUACUGGAUUGAAUUAUUGACCAACCAAUAAAUAUUUCGACUAACUUAAACCAAACCUAAGAAUUAACAUUUGGUGCUGAUGUAUAUUAAAAAAAAUAUCUCCAAGAGGUUGAAUUAAGUAUAGUUUGCUUGACUGUUUUUUCCUGUAAGUCACACGUUUUAAAAUUGGAACCGGACAAAAAACACAAGAUCAAGCUGGUUUGGCCUGAGCUAUUUUUAGCAAUCUGACAGGAGGAAUUUGUGGGCGAAUUGUUGUUCCUAAAGCAUGCACUAUGAGUUGUUGCUAAGAAUUAGAGUCUGUGUCAUUAUGGCAGUCCAGAACUAACUUGAAUGCGAUUAAUUUAUAUGUACCUCUUUUCCACAAAAUAAGCAUGCGUCAGUCUGACUGAAGUACCCUGAUUUUCCUGGCUGGUGCGAAUGUAAAUUUAGAAAAUGAUUUUAAUCAGAUUGAAAAUGCGUUUAACAUCUGCAUACUUUAACUUUAUUUGUAUUCCUAAUUCUCUGGGUUUUUGUUUUGUUUUACGUGUUUGAUGUGUUCAAACCAUAGGUGGUAAUAUCAAUCAGAGUUUGGGAUUUCUUCCAUCAUCUCUCACUGAUUUACUGCCACCUAUGGUACAAAAGUAUGACUUGAAAGCGUCUUAGUACCACUUAACUGAAAUUAUUGCAAAAAAACCUAGUCUUGUUAAAUAUGGGUACCAGUCUAAGAUAUAAGGUUAUAAUAACUUUAUAUAUUGCCAUUCCUUGAAUUGUUUAUGCAGUUUACUUUUGUUUCCAAAAGUAUAUAUUUGCUUUAAAUUUGUUACACCACCCACUAACUGGGUCAGCCACUGUUUAUAUCUACCGCUUCACCUGAUUAAAUCAAUACCGGCUGACUGCUGAUUUACUGAAAAAAAAUGUUUUGUAAUAUUUGAGAAAUACCGACUUCUCAUUGGACAAAAUAUAAUGUUGACCACUAAUAACAUUUUGGUUGUCAGAAUAAUAGUGUAGGAUGUGAUAACGCCUAGAGCUUGAGUAAAUGCAAGAUUCAGUGUAAAAUGUACAAUAACAACAUGUUUUGCCAGGUUCUUAUAAAACUGCAAACUUGUGCUCAUUGUCUGAUCGAAACUAUUUUCUUCUUCAUGAUUUGUAAAUUGCCAAAUUCUUUGUGGUUUACUUACAUCAUUUUUGUCAUUAUCUUUGAUGAUAACAGGAAAAUGCGUUGUUGCUAUUGCUAAUGUCAUCAUUAAAUGUUUUUUUACUGAAAUAAACUUUAAAAAGAA